AUGUCCACUGAUCUUCACCGCAAGCGCAGCAGCUCUGCACUCCCUGCAUUUCAGCGGUUGCCAAACAAGACGAAGGACAAGACAAGAGCUCGUUUCUACAGUAUUUCAUCCAAAAUCGUCCCACAGACAAUACAAGUUGAUGAACAUGGCGACAAUGAAGAUAAUGAUUUUGAAAAGUCGAAUACAAAGAACGCAGAGGUUUUGAACUUCUCGCCAGCAAUUCCUAGUUUGUCAAGAGUAGGUUUUCAGUCGAUUUAUCAAAAUCCCAGCAACAACAAGUUGAGCCAAAAGAAUGGCAGCUCUGCGGGUGAAUCAGGACGUAGGAUUCGAACUACAAGCUCCACUUCUUCGGUCCGAAGUAAUGGUAUGAGAAGUCACAAUUCAUUUCAGAGUGAUUCCAAUGUCUCAACGAUAAGUAACAAGAAGAGUCAAAACUCGCUUUUGGGGCGAACCGACACACUAAAGAGGCCAAAUACUAGUUCAGGCGACCAUCGAAGAGACGACAAUUCAAGUAACUCCCAUAAAGGGUCUCCUGGCUCUUCCUCAUCGCUAGGCUUGCGAAUUCCAAGCUCCCGAAAAAACCCGUUCAGUAUGGCGGCCAGAAAGCUCUUCAGCAAGAAGGAUGCACGACUUGAAAAAUCAAGGGAAUCUCUCAAGUCUCCAACUUCCGGUGCUUCUCUGACUUUUGCUAAAUUUCUCAAUAGUAAAUAUGGGAAGCAUGUCGGCAAAGCUACUGCGCAUCACAAACACUCGGCUGGGAGUCUGAUGGACUCUGGAAAGUCUUCGCAAAUUUUUGGCACCAGCGGUGCCAAUUCCGUCAAAGAUAUGUCUUUACAGCUGGCACGCGAACCCAGCUUGGAUCCGAGUGAUGUACAAAUGCUAUAUGAUCUGAUAAAGAACUUACGGUCAUUGGAAAGUAAUUUUCGGAACUUCACAGAUGAAGAGUUAGAUGCCCUCAUGAGUAACAUAUGGGGCGUCUUCUGCAGCGUGGUGAUUACUUUGUUCCGGAAUAAAGAACUAUGGGAGCUUCCAGUGAAAAUAGAAGAUUUGAACCAUGUUUUUUCAUUUUACAUCAAGCUCAAAAUUUCAUCCCAAAGUCGACAUAGCAGCUCUAAAUUCCUUGGUGAAGUUGAGGAAUUCAUGAACACUUGUUUGUUCAUUUUGGAAAACCAAAUUGUGUUCAAUUAUAGCAAUGAGAAUACUAUCAACACCGCAUUAAAGAGACUUUGUCUAAUAUGGGGAGUCUUUUAUCAACAGGUGUAUCACAACGUAAUGGCCAUAUUUUUGCCCAUAGAGCUCAGUUUUAGAACCGACACCAAGUAUUGGUCCGAGGCAAACGUCGAUUUUGAUGGAACUAAUCUCAGUGGGGUACGCACAGGGUCGCUUUCGCUCGACAUUUUGUUGCUGGUUAGCUUUCGCGACUCCAUAGUAUCACCAUACUAUGAAAGCUUCAUCAAUAGUAACGAGGGUGCAAGCACUAGCUUUCACUUGUACAUUAUGAAUGAGGAGGAGGAAAAAGGUGUUACACAGCGGGAUAAACUGACACUACUGCAAUGUUUCGGCAUUCUAUCCUCCAUACGCACUACAGGCAUUAAACAGAAGGUUAUUGAAGAACUAUUAAUUGGUAUCAGAAUGAGUAUAUGA